AUGUCUGCAGCCAACUCUAUUACUGUCCAAAAGCUGGAUAUGGAAAUCUAUGCGCUAAAGCAACACAUUAACGAUAUUCAUCAGGUGAUACAACAGCAAAGAACACUUCUCCAAGACGUGUUAACUAUUGUGGAAGACACAGUUGUUACAACAAAUUUGCAUUCGGAGUUAAUUGCCAAAUCCACUGAGUUGCACCAAAGUCAUGACUUAUUUAAGCGUGAACUUCUAUUUCUGCAUGACCCAAUAUUGUUCCACACACUUGCUUUUCUUGAUGAAGUGCAAACUGGAAUGAUCGAAUUGGCAGGGGGACGCAUACCUCUGUAUUUUGUAUCCAAGGAUAUUGUUCAUGCGAUGCUUGCCAAUGUGGAUGGAGAGACAAUUGAGCCUAUGCAAUUAAAUCUGGCCUUUUGAGAUGGGGAGCGCAAUACCUCUCUUAAUUGAUUCGGAACGUAUGGAGAUUUGCUUUUUAUUGACCAUACCAUAUGUAACUCCCAAAGACAUUUGUCAAAUGAAAAUAAUGUACUAUGUUAGAAAUGAUGUGAUUGCACAA